AUGGAGGAAUGUAAUGCACGCUUUGCGAGAUGUCGGGCGCUUAUUUUCCGUAGUUACGUCCGUUGUUAUCGUGUGGCCCGCCGAGGAAUGCCCCAAUGCCCUUCCACCGAUUCUCUCGAGGGAAUCAUCAAUAGUAUCAUGGGACUUAUGGAUCAAUGUGAAGCCGGAAAUCACGAUCACGACGCUUUAAUGGUCCGUUAG